AUGACCGGCUUUAUGAAGCUGUUUAAGAAGAAGUCGUCCUCUACUGGAGAGGGCGAUCUGGUGGCCUUGGGCAAGCUGGAGGAGUGCACCGGUCUUGAGAGUACUACUGAGUACUUGGAUGCACAGGAAUUUCAGAGGUCGGAGGAAUUGGACGAGCACAUUAGACAAUGCGCUGACCAAGCCUGUGUGAAAUUAAAAAGCACUGCACUUGAACAAAGCGAGGAAUGGACCGUGUGGAGCGACAAAAAGAAGCUUGCUGUACAGGUCAAGAAAACAUCCGAAUCAAACACCAUUUGCGGACGAGGUACUUACACUUGGAGCGAUGCCCCCACAGGUCUCAAUAUGGAGUUUGUGGAAACCGUGAUGUGGGACGAGAACGCUAAGAAGAAGUAUGACGAGAAUACCGAUUCUAUGGUGUGUUUCUUUACGGUUGAUGAUGACACGAAUUUAACGUGUCAAGCAUUCAAAGGUCGUUUCGGCUUUGCGGGUCGUUACUUUCACGUCGUUAUCCAUCGUCGUCGUGAGACGGAAGGUGAUACGGAUCGCUUGAUCUUGGGUGCUAGAUCACUGGACGAGAACUGGCUGGAGUUGGCUCAUCAGCAUGUGGAUCGUGAUGAGGCGCGGAUCAAGUUGGAUCAGAUUGAAUCAAAGCAGGUACAAGGAUUCGCCUAUGUUGCUGGGAUCGUGAUCGAGCACGAGCGGAAGGAGAACGUGUUCAGGAUUACGUACGUGAAUGAUGCCGAUAUCGUGACUGUCGGUAUUCCUAAAUGGAUCAUAGACCGAGUAAAAUUAGAUCAAUUGUCAGUGGUCAAGAACAUACCCAACGUAAUACUGGAAGCUUGGAACAACCGGGAACAGUCUUGA